AUGCUGGUGAAGGCGAUGUUGGUGAAGACACAGGCCCGCCGGGUCCUUGGUCGGCCGAGGUCUUUGCUGCCUGCGAUUCUUGUCUUCCUCGUGGUGUGCUGGCUGGGGUUGGUCCAUCACGAUUCGGUAAAUCAAAGACUUGCCUUCGAGGGCCGCCCCCAGUCGCUUGAUCGAGAUCCUGACGAACGUCGUGACCGGGAGCUGCAGGCGCAAAGAAGGCUGUUCGAGGAAGAACACCGUCAGCUCGAGAAGAAACCAGGGCUGGGGGCGAUCUACGGGCAGACGUUGGAGACGCUCGUCGACAACCACACCAGGACGGAAGAACAGGAGGCGCGGUUGGGUAGCUCGAACGCGACAAUCUCCAGCAAGCCACAGCCGGUCACCUUCAAUCCCUAUCCGAAGUACAAUAGCCCUGAGUGGAAUGAGCACCACGCGCCGUAUGUACCGUGCGUCGGCCCGACCGGCAGGAUUGUCGAAGAUAUCCGUGUCUACAAGGGACUCCCGCGCGACUUUCCCAAACCUGGCUUUGGAAGUUACAGCGUCCUCGGCCUUGACGGAACCCUGUGCUUCGAGCGCGAGACGCGGUUGGGCCAGUAUGGGUUGUCGCCUUUGAUGGACAAGAAUGGCCAGGAGAUCAACUGGGAUAAUGUCCGCUGGGGCGACCUGCAGGAGUCGUGCUUGGAGAGGAACCGUGCCCGAUUUGCGAGGAGUGGCCCAAAGAACACAUACGUCAACCAAGAUGUGGAUAGCUCCGCCGAUUUGAAGCGAGACGCCACUCCGGGAUCCAUCAAACACCCCUUGGGGCGGCUCUGGCGCCGGUCAAGCCCGCAGGCGUCUAAGUGGCUGCGCGACGAGCCAAGUGCGGGAGCCGACCAAUCCGACGAGUCGAACAACGCGACGGCCAAAUACGAGCCGAGGACGGCGCUGUUGCUGCGCAGCUUUUCCGGGAAGACGUACACGGAGAACGACAAACAGGUGAUCCGGUCGCUGAUCACGGAGCUCAGCCUGCGCACCGGCGGCGAGUACCAGGUCUUCUUGUUUGUGCACAUCAGGGAGAAUGACCGCGACAUCACGGCCGAGGAAGCCUACCAGAAGGCAGUUGAAGAACACGUGCCGGCCGAGUUCAGGAGCAUUGCGCUCCUCUGGAACGAGCCUGCCGUCGACCUGCAGUACCCGGCGCUGACAGAGAAGGCCCGUAGGGUACACAACGGACAGUUUCUUUCAGUGCAGAUGUUCAUGCAGGAGUACCGGGAGUUCGACUUUGUUUGGAACUGGGAGAUGGACUCGCGGGUCAUCGGGCAGCACUACGACGUGCUGACCAGGCUGGGCGAAUGGGCCCGGAAGCAGCCGAGGCGAGGCAUCUGGGAGCGCAACGAGCGCUUCUACAUUCCGUCCGUCCACGGCGACUACGACACGCAGUUCCGCGCGUCAGUGGAGGCGGCCGUCGGUGGCGAGACCAUCUGGGGCGCACCGGAUGUCCCUGUCGUCAAGCCUCUGGGCCCGAAGCCCCCGGUCGCGACGGCUGCGGAGGACAAUUACGAAUGGGGUGUCGGCGAGGAGGCGGAUCUGAUCGAGCUGGCUCCCUUGUUCAACCCAGUCAACAGCGGCUGGGUCAUGCGCAACCAGGUGUGGGGAUAUCGGUCCCGGACUUUCCCCUGGGGAAAGCUUCCACGCCGAGCAACCAUUGUCACGCAGUCCCGGCUCUCGAGGAGGCUGCUCGAUGUCAUGCACACCGAGGACAUGCGCGGCAACCACGUCGCUUCGGAAAUGGUGGCGCAGACGACGGCCCUGCUCCACGGCUUCAAGGCGGUGUAUGCGCCCAUGCCCGUCUUCUUCGACCGUGCGUGGAGCGGCGAGCAGCUCGCCAAGUGGUUCAACGGCGGGCCGAACGGGCAGAGCGGCAGCUUCGGCAGCGCCAUGGGCUGGGGUCAAGAGGGGCGCUACCUGGGCUCUACCUGGUACUACCGGGCGUUGCCGCCGCAGAGGCUGUACAACAACUGGAUGGGCUACGAGGACACCGGGAUCGGCGGCGCGGACUGGGAGGCGGAACACGGCCGUCCGUGUCUCCCCGCCAUGAUCCUGCACCCCAUCAAGGAGAUCAAGCCGACGGAAAAGGGCUACUCAACCGAUUCCAGGCUGCCGUAUGACUGAGCGAACGACGGUCGGCCAUUUUUAUUCCUUAUCAUUACGCCGGGUACGCAGCGUCGUGGUGGCAAAGCAUCACGACACACUGCCCUCUUACCAAGCCGCUUCGAGCGGUAUUGUUUGACUAUAUGUCUUUCACUGGCCGGCGGCUUGGGAGUUCGGAAAAGAGACCACGACAUCACGAAUUAUGGACACAGGCAGCAUAUCCGAGGGGCCUGUUUUCGCCAUCGCGCUCUGACCCCAUCGCUGGACUCUUCGCAGGGCUUUUUGCUCUCCGGACCGAGCAUGGAACCUGGCUUGAUAUGAGGGAGGUGCUGCCGGCGCCUGGGCAUACGACGCCGAGCCAUGGGUUUGGGCGAGAAGAAAGGGCUGUGGCUACAUUGUAGAAUCCCAAACGGCCGAGGCUGACCGGCCCCUGUGAAUACUUCCAUGAUAUAUAUGUAAUUCUUAAUUCACAUGACAUGAUUGGCC